AGCUACCCCCAGAACUUCCGGCGAAACCGGAAGAAGCUUUGUUUGUGUUUGUCAAAAUGGCGGCUGGAAUGUAUCUAGAGCACUACUUGGACAGCAUAGAGAAUCUGCCCUUUGAACUGCAGAGGAACUUCCAGCUGAUGCGAGAUCUGGACCAGAGGACAGAGGAUCUUAAAGGGCAGAUUGAUUCUCUGGCUCGUGAAUACACAGCCAACGCUCGGACGUUGUCCUCUGAACAGAAGCUCUCGCUGUUAAGACAGAUCCAGCAGUCUUAUGGGAAGUGUAAAGAGUUUGGAGAUGACAAGGUCCAGCUUGCAAUGCAAACUUAUGAGAUGGUGGACAAGCAUAUCCGAAGGUUGGAUACAGACCUGGCUCGCUUUGAGGCCGACCUCAAGGAGAAACAGAUAGAAAGCACAGAUUAUGACUCUACCUCCAGCAAGGGCAACAAGAGUGACCAUCGAGGACCCAAGAAGAAGGAGGUGACUCGCACUAGGUCGAAGGUGAAGAACUCUGACGAUGACUGCAGCUCAAAGAGCGGACAGAAGAAGGUCAAACUCACACAAAGCUCUGAGUUUCCAGCACCGACGGUGAACUUUGGGAACGUACACCCCUCGGAUGUGUUGGAUAUGCCAGUGGACCCCAAUGAGCCCACCUAUUGCCUCUGCCACCAGGUUUCAUACGGAGAGAUGAUUGGCUGUGACAAUACAGACUGUUCUAUUGAGUGGUUCCACUUUGCCUGUGUGGGUCUGACCACCAAGCCCAGGGGGAAAUGGUACUGCCCAAGAUGUUCGCAGGAGCGGAAGAAAAAAUGAACAUGCAGAACGAGAGAAUUCACAGAGAGGGAGGUAAAGGCAGGCGAAAGGGCCCUCCAUAGACACUAAUAUAGAUCCACUCUCUACUUAAUCUGGUGCUUGUCGUCCUCUUUUCCAUCUUCACAUCCCUCUCUCAGCCAGACAGUAAGAAGGGAUGAUGGGUGAAGAUGAAGGAGGUGUAGUUUUUAAUUUAUGUGCUCAGUAAUGAAGAUGACUUUUGUUAUGGAGUAUUUUUUGGUUCUGCAUUUUUUUAUAUAUAUAUAUUCUUAUAUUUUCAAUUUGUUUAUUUGUAUUGUCUUUUUUUACAACUCAUUUUAAACACACGCACUCGGCAGUCAGGGAGCAUAUCAGGAGAUCUCACCGUUCUUUCUUACACUUGUGAAUCCAGGUAGUCUCAGACUGGAUAAUUGCUGUCAUCCUUUCCUUCUCAGACGGGAUCCCAGAUCCCAGAUCAGACUUGAAACUGAUCCCGUAUCUAACUUUUCCAAGUUAAAUGUUCACAAAAGGGCAAGUUAUCAACUUACCUCACCAAACCUGAGAUGUUUAUUUGACAAGCCAGCAAUUUUGAAAAAGUAGCUGCUCAAUAGGAUUAUUUAAUUAGAUUUUUUACACCUACUCAGCCUUUCCACUCACUCUCUGUCUUACAUUCACAAAUCCUGCACUUGGAAGACCACCACUUCACUUCAGGUCCAUUCCACAGCUGUAGAUUUCAAUGCAUUGACAUUACUUGGUGCUUAUGGUCACACACUACUUGGAUCGUAUUAAACCGGUUGUAUAAUCCAGACUGUUGAAAGCAUUAACUCAGCAUGUAACAUUAUUCAGUUGAAUUGCUCUGACACCUGGUCAUUAAAUGCAUUUGGUGUUUUCUUUUGUAUGAAUUAACUCUAGUAUUGCUGUGAGCUCAGCAACAGGGUUCUUUGCGACUGGAUUUCGGUGCUUAUGAAUAUAUUAAAGUAAUGUGAUUAAAUGUGUGAAAUACAUAGCAUCGCUUACAAUUGUUCUCAGUCAUUGUGCUAAAGCAGUUUGAUAUAUUUUGCGAGAUGUUGGAAUCAAAUGUGUUGAUAUCAACUUGUAUUUAAGGUCCAGUUGUUUUAAUAAAAUAAUUACAGGUAUGUCAGACAGUGCAAACGGUUUUAAAACCUGGUGCUACACAGUGAUUGUUGCCAGUUCUAAAUGAUUCUGAUGUCUGGUGUACGAUGAAGGGAUUGUGGCAUGUGUUUUUUGCCUUUGUCAUGUUGCUUUGUGAUUUGUUUGCUCCAGAUAUUAAGUACUUUACUAAUGUCAGAUAUUGGGUCUGGUGUCUUCCAUGCUCAUUGAACAAUGCCUGAUUCUGAAAGCA